AUGGACAUGAGCAGGAACCAGCUCAGCGGCGCGAUACCGGCCGAAUUGGGCGCCAUGCCGGUGCUCAGCGUCCUUGACCUUUCGUCGAACGAGCUCUCCGGCGCGAUACCUCCGGAGCUUGUGAAACCAAACCUCAACGCCCUCAACCUGUCCUCCAACCACCUCAGUGGCCAGGUCCCGAUCGGGUUCGCCACGGGGGCCUACGACAACAGCUUCCGCGACAACCCCGGCCUUUGCACCGAGGCUCCGGUACCCGCCGGCGUGCGCUCCUGCGCUGCGGCGGGAUCACAAGACAGGGGUUCUUCCCGAGGCGUCUCACAUGCACUCCGCACGGGCCUCCUCGUCGCUGGCGGCGCGCUCCUCGCCGCCGCGGCCUUCGCCCUGCUACUCGUCCGCGACAUCAAGAAACGGCCGCGCGUCGCGGUCCGGGACGAGUGGAAGAUCACGCCGUUCGUCCAGGAUCUGGGCUUCGGGGAGGCAUCCAUACUCCGGGAGCUGACAGAGGAGAACCUCAUCGGCCGCGGCGGUUCCGGCCACGUGUACCGGGUCACCUACACCAACCAGCGUGCUUACACGAACAAGGUGAACGAGAAGGUUGACGUCUACAGCUUCGGCGUCGUUCUUCUGGAGCUCACCACCGGAAAGGAGGCCAGCGCCGGCGGUGAGCACGGCUGCCUGGCGGAAUGGGCGCGGCACCACUACCAAUCAGGGGGGAGCAUCCCUGAUGCCACAGACAAGAGCAUCAGAUACGCAGGGUACUCUGAGGAGAUCCAGGUCGUAUUCAGGCUAGGCGUGCUGUGCACCACAGAUAUGCCGUCGUCGCGGCCAAUCAUGAAGGACGUGCUGCAAAUCUUGCUCAAUUGCAGCGAGCAGACGCGCCAGAAGAGCAAAAUGGAGAAUGGCCAGGAAGUGGAAAGGCCUGACACUACAUCAAUGAUACAGGGAAAAUAUCCAGCACUUCGGUUCAAGCAACAGUUGACAGCAUAUGUCGAGAAGAUAUAUGGGAUAAUCGGAUAUAGCCUGAAGAAUGCAGAGGACGGGAACCUUGGCCUUCUGCGAUUGGAGCUCGAUCCGAUCCAGAUCAGAGAGUUCUCCACAGGGACGGAGGUGGACGCUGAGCUCCAGAAGGGACCUGUACACGGGGGCGACCGGUGUCCACGGCGGGGACAGUGGCGAGCGCAGUCGAUGGAGGGCAUGGGCCAACCGGCGGAGGCCAAGCACGUCUCCUCGGCAGCUGCGAUGACGGCGCGGGCGGGGGGCGCAGGGGCCGCUCGUGUCAGAGGCACCAAGAAGCACCCCAACCACCGUAAAAGAGCUUUAAAGAGAAUAUACCAUGCUUGCAAGACCAAUAAGGUCUGUGGUGAGGGUGAUGACCUUGAUGUCCAGCAGCAGCAAGAUACUGAUGAGCAUGUAAAGAUAAGAGGUGGCUGUGGUGCUCAGCAGCCAAUUAUUACAGUUGAUGGUAUGAAGAUGCUUGUGGAAUUCAAAGCACCAAAGAAGAAAAAUGAUGAUCGAGAGCAACUCUCUGAGUCAGUGGAACCGAAUCAGAUUCUCUCUGCUGAGAGGGUCCUUAACAUUCUCAAGCGUAUAUCUGACGGGGAGUGUCUUCUGUUGGGCUUACAUCCCAAAUUGGCCCGUCCAGAUUGGAUGAUACUCCAGGUUCUUCCAAUUCCUCCACCCCCUGUUAGACCUUCUGUCAUGAUGGGAACUUCUUCCAAAAGCGAGGAUGAUUUGAUUCAUCAAUUAGCUAUGAUAAUUCGGCAUAAUGAGAACUUGAGGAGGCAAGAGAGAAACGGAGCUCCAGCUCACAUUAUAGAGGAGUUUGCUCAGUUGUUGCAAUUUCACAUUGCUACAUACUUUGAUAAUGAACUUCCUGGCCAACCCAGGGCCACACAGCGUUCUGGAAGGCCAAUUAAAUCAAUUUGCAGCAGGCUAAAAGCAAAAGAAGGUCGAGUUAGAGAAAACUUGAUGGGGAAGCGAGUUGAUAUCUCAGCCCGUACUGUUAUCACACCAGAUCCAAAUAUUAACAUUGAUGAAUUGGGUGUGCCAUGGAGUAUUGCUUUGAACCUGACAUAUCCUGAAACUGUCACUCCAUAUAACAUUGAGAGGUUGAAGGAACUUGUACUAAAUGGGCCUCAUCCUCCCUCAGGGAAAACAGGUGCAAAGUACAUUAUUAGGGAAGAUGGUCAGAGGCUUGAUCUUCGUUAUGUGAAGAAAAGCAAUGAUCAGCAUUUGGAGCUUGGUUACAAGGUGGAGAGGCACCUCAAUGAUGGAGAUUUUGUUCAUUUCAAUCGGGAAGAGGUUGGUCCAGAUGCUGCACGCAAGUUCUUAGGUUAUACACAGGGGCUUGUCAACUACUGGCUUCUUCAAAAUGGUUUCAGUAUUGGAAUUGGAGAUAUGAUUGCAGAUGCAGACACAAUGAAAAGCAUUAAUCGAGCAAUUUCUAGUGCUAAGGAUAGUGUGAUGAAACUUAUUAAACAAGCACGCGACAAGAAAUUGGAAGCUGAGCUAGGACGCACCAUGAUGGAGUCAUUUGAAAAUAAAGUAAAUGAGGUUCUCAACACGGCUGGUAAUAUGGCUGGAAGCAGUGCGCAGAAGCGCUUGUCUGACAGCAACAAUUUGAAGGCUAUGGGUCUGACAACGCAAGAAUUUUUCUUUCAUGCUAUGGGUGGUAGAGAAGGACUGAUUGAUACGGCUGUGAAGACUUCAGAGACUGGGUAUAUCCAACGGAGGCUUGUGAAAGCUAUGGAGGACAUCACGGUGAAGUAUGAUGGCACUAACUGUGUUAGAGGGGAGGUUCAUAAUCUAGAAGCUGACAGGUUCCAGCUUGGGACUGAGAUUGCUACAAAUGGUAAUCAUACAUGGCCUUUGCCUGUCAACCUCAAGUGGCUUAUCUGGAAUGCCCAGAAGACAUUCAAGAUUGACAUCAGAACAUGUUCUGACAUGCACCCAAUAGAAAUUGUGGAAGCAAUAGAUAAGCUGCAAGAAAGACCGAAAGUUGUGUCUGGUGAUGAUGCUAUAAGCAUUGAGGUUCAGAAGAAUGCCACCUUGUUCUUUAAUAUCUAUCUUCAUGCCACAUUUGCUAGCAAGAGGGUCUUGAAGGAAUACAUGCUUACAAGGGAAGCAUUUGAGUGGAUUAUCGAUGAGAUUGUUUGGAGGUUUUCACAGUCUUUGGUGGCCCCUAGUGAAAUGAUUGGAUGUGUUGCUGCGCAGUCCAUUGGGGAACCAACAACUCAAAUGACUCUGAAUACCUUCCAUUUUGCUGGUGUCAGUGCCAAGAAUGUUACCCUUGGAGUUCCCAGAUUGAGAGAGAUCAUUAAUGUCGCCAAGAAGAUAAAAACUCCAUCGAGCCUGGGAGUACACCACACUCGUAGUGUGACUCAUGCCACUGAAGUAUGGUAUGAUCCUGAUCCUAUGGGAACCAUCAUUGAAGAGGAUUUGGAAUUUGUCCGGUCAUGUUAUGAAAUGCUUGAUGAGGAUAUUGACCUAGAUAAGAUUUCUCCUUGGCUGCUGCGUAUUGAGCUUAAUCGUGAGAUGAUGGUUGAUAAGAAGUUGAGCACGGUGUUUAUAAAAGAGGUGAAAGUUAACAAAUUGGAUGUGAAUGAUGGUUUCAAAGAACAUAAGGAAUGGAUGCUUGAUACAGAAGGUGUUAAUCUCUUGGCUAUCAUGUGUCAUGAGGAUGUUGAUGCUACAAGAACAACAAGUAACCAUUUGACUGAAGUGAUUGAGGUUCUUGGAAUUGAGGUUGUUCAUCGAGCUCUCUUUGAUGAACUUUGGGCAGUCAUAUCUUUUGAUGGAUCCUAUGUAAAUUAUAGGCAUCUGGCUGUUCUUUGCGAUACAAUGACAUACAGAGGUCAUCUGAUGGCUAUUACAAGGCAUGGUAUCAAUCGCAAUGACACUAGACCUCUUAUGAGAUGUUCUUUUGAAGAAACUAUGGAUAUCUUGUUCGAUGCCGCUAUACAUGCCGAAUCUGACUACUUGAGAGGUGUCACUGAGAACAUUAUGCUUGGCUAG